ACAAACACAACCGAACGACGAAGCGUCCGACGAUCCAAUAGGGCCGGCUAGCAAGUGCAUGCACACGCGUAGCAGCUAAUAACUGCCUGUGUGACAUAUAGAGAGGCAGCUACCGACUACCGUACGGUCGAGAGAGAGAUAGCUUAGAUCGAUGGAGGCGAGGAGGAGCAGCGCGGCGCUCGUAUCCGUGGCCGCCGCCGCCGCCGCCGUCGCGCUGCUGCUGGUGCUCGCCGCCGAGCCGUCCCGAGCGGAGCGGUUCGUCGUCGGCGACGCGGCGCGGUGGACGUGGGGGUACAACUACACGGACUGGGUCAUCAGGAAGGGGCCCUUCUUCCAGAACGACACCCUUGUGUUCAUGUACGACCCGCCGAACGCGACGGUGCACGCGCACAGCGUGUACCUGAUGCGCACCGCCGCGGACUACCAGUCGUGCAACCUCAAGGCGGCCAAGCUGGUGGCCAGCGUCACGCAGGGCGCCGGCUCCGGCUUCGAGUUCGUGCUCCGGAAGCGCAAGCAGCACUACUUCGUGUGCGGCGAGCGCGGCGGCAUCCACUGCACCAUGGGCCAGAUGAAGUUCGUCGUCAAGCCCAAGAGCUCUGCCUGCCGCGACGACUGACUGACACGCCGCCGGACGCCGAUGUCGGUGCGCGUACGUGUGGCCUCGAUCUCGUCCUGUCUUUGUUCGAUCUCUGCAUGCCGCCUUCUCAGUCAGAUCAUUCCUCCUGUCCAAUUGUUGCGCCCUGCUUGUAAGUUAUUAUUACUAUCAGUCGGUGUGGAUUUACUCAGUGUGUUGACGUAUGAUUCGUGCUGUCUGAUACACCAGUGUUUAUGGAUGAAAAGGUUGGUUCAAUAAA